AUGCGCCGGAAGACUCUCUUCUACACCAUUAAUUUGAUCGUACCAUGUGUCGGAAUCGCCUUCCUCACAAUCCUCGUCUUCUACUUACCCUCGCAGAGUGGUGGCAAGAUUUCUCUCUCAAUCAACAUCCUCCUCAGUCUCACGGUGUUCCUGCUGCUUCUCACCGAGUCCAUUCCUCCGACGGGUCUGGUGAUUCCCCUGAUAGGAAAGUAUCUCCUUUUCACGAUGAUUCUUGUUACGCUAUCAAUACUGAAGACAAUUUUUGUGCUGAAUUUGAGCAACCGAACACCAAAUAGCCCGGUGCCGUUGCUCUUUCGACAGAAUUCGAGGGUUACUCAGCUUCUACGCUUUAUCGGUUUGGAGCCACCACAGACGCCUCGGAGGGAUUCCAUUUACCAAACCACGGCAAUACCAAGUGCAGCUUUUGGCGAGGCACAGGACGAUUGGAUUUACCUCUCCAUGGUUUUCGAUCGACUGUUUCUGUGUUUCUUUGUGGCUGUAUGCCUGACAGGCGCUUUGACAAUUAUUUUCCAAGCACCAGCCCUGUACGACACAACAGAAGCUCUAACUUCUGCCAAUAUUCCCGAAUUCAUCCAUUUGACACUGCAAAGUGCGACAAACAACUCGAAUAUUGAGAUCAAAUUGGAAACCGUUUAG